AUGAUUAAGAAAUUUUACCCAGUUACCAAGGAAGCAGUUCCAUUGGAUUUAAGUAGUAAGAGCCACAAAGAGUUGCUCGAGAUGAUUUCCAACUAUUUAAAAUCAAAAAGGUAUGUAAUUGUCUUGGAUGAUGUAUGGAGUUAUAACCUCUGGUAUGAUAUAAGUGUAUCACUUUCAGAUGAAGGAAAAGGAAGUUGGGUCAUCCUUACAACUAGAAUGAAAGACGUAGCUUCCUUUAACUUUGGGGUUAAACGUCAUAUUCAUCAAGAUUAUCCGAUUCGACGGAAGAGGCUCAUUAGACUUUGGAUGGCAGAAGGAUUUGUAGGAAAGAGAGACAGAUUAACAGUAGAGGAAGUAGCAGAUGGCUACCUUAUGGAUCUAGUUUGUCGAAGCAUGCUUCAGGUCAUAUGGAGGAACCCAUCAGGUAGGCCGAAAGAAUGUAAGAUGCACGAUCUUGUGCGAGAAAUUGCCCUUUCCAAAUCAGAAACUGAGAAGUUUUGUGUAGUAUAUGAUGGCAAAGAAGAUAAGGAAGAAAGUGGAACCGGAGCACGUCGCUUAUCGAUUCAAACAAAUGGUGGAGAAUUCCAAUCAUGGAAGGGCAUGUUGCAACAGCUUCGGUCUCUUCUUGUAUUUUAUGAUGAUGAGAUAUCAUUGCCACGAGGUUUACGACUGUUAAAAGUCUUCGAUCUGCAGGAUGUACCAAUCGAAAAAUUACCAAAUGAGCUUGUGGAUCUUUUCAAUUUAAGGUACUUGAACUUGAAAAGAACAAAGGUGAAGGAACUUCCAAAAUCCAUUGGAAGACUUUGCAACCUUGAAACUUUAGACAUUAGGGAUUCCAAAAUACAAGUUCUCCCAACUGGAAUCACAAGGUUGAAGAAAUUGCGGCAUCUAAUUAUGUACCGCUACAACAAGCAUGGAGAUGGCAAUCAGUUUGAUUAUGUUUAUGGUACAGCAGCACCAGCUAAUAUUUGCAAGCUAACAAACUUGCAAGUUUUGGCAUGCGUAGAAGCAGAAUCAGACUUGAUGAAGAGAGUAAGGAACAUGACGCAGCUCAAGAGGAUUGGCAUUACAAAGCUGAGAGAAGCAGAUGAGGUGGAUUUGUGUAUUGCAAUCCAAAAAGUGAAUCUCCUUCAUUACUUAUUUGUGAUGGUGAGUGAUGAGAAUGAAUGCCUUCAAAUGGAUAAACUCUCAUCAGCUCCUCCCUAUCUCAAGAAGCUCAUUUUAGUUGGAAAAUUGGAGAAAGUUCCCCGUUGGUUCCACUCACUUCAAAAUCUCACUCUUUUGUAUUUGCAUUGGUCUAGACUGGAAGAAGACCUUCUUCCUUACAUCCAAGAACUUCCCAGUUUGGGAAAAUUGACUCUUAUUAAUUCGCGUGAAGGAAGACAACAGCUAUGCUUUAGUAUUGGGUUCCCUAAACUUAGAGAUUUGCAUUUGGGGAACUUCCCCCAGUUACAUGAGAUUAUUAUAGAAAAAGGGGUUAUGCCAAGUCUCCAGGAAUUUUGGAUUUCGAAAUGCAUACAGUUGAAAGUUAAACAGACAACCAAACUGAGGAUACAACUUAGUAAGUCUCUAACCAGUACAACCAUCAUACAAACACUUCCAUUUGCCAUUUUACGGAUAUUUCAUCCGCGGUAA